AUGUCCACCUCGCGCAAGCGCCCUCGCGCCGAGGUCGAGGAGAACAAGGCUGAAUGCCCUUUUAGCGUCACCUACGCCGAGCCCGAUACCAAGGCACAGAAGAAGUCAAAGAAGAGAAGGAAACCGGAACAGGAAGAGGAGGACGGGAAGAAAAGCUCUAAGCAACUCUCUCCCUUCUCACCUUCCGGCGAUUUCAACGGCAAGAGCGCCAACGAUGUCUUGGAUUUGGAAUAUAAUGUGCACCCCCAGAAGAAGUGGCUGGAGAUGACACGCUACAACAGCUUCGUUCUGAAUGGAACCAAGUACUUCAGCGAGGGGUUUAUCUACGUAGCAAAUGAUCAGACCGUUCAACGUCAAAAAGCCGCUGCGGAUGGCGCGACAGAUGCCAACGAACCGGAGAAGGUGCUGAAGCGAUCCAAGUCCGAGGAUGACUGGGUAGCCCGCAUUCUGGAGAUCCGCGCUAGCGACGAGCAUCAUGUCUACGCGCGUAUCUACUGGAUGUAUUGGCCGGAGGAGCUGCCCGAGGGCACGAUGGAAGGAAAGAGAUAUACUGGAGGUCGCCAGCCGUAUCACGGUCAUAACGAGCUGAUCGCCUCCAACCACAUGGACAUCAUCAACGUUGUCAGUGUAACACUGCCUGCCAACGUCAAACAAUGGAUCGAGGAGAAUGACGACGAGAUCCAGGAGGCGCUCUACUGGCGCCAGGCCUUUGACUGCCGGACCCAGCAACUCUCGUCAGUCGAACGCACCUGCAGAUGCCGACAGCCCGCCAACCCGGACAAGACCUUGAUUGGAUGCUCGAACAAGGAAUGCGGGAAAUGGCUCCAUGAACAUUGCCUUCGAGAAGACGCCUUAAUGCGAACCUACGACCGACUCGGCAGAGACAAACCCCACUUUAACGCGAUGCCUCCGGUAGACCGCACGACUUCGGUCGCAGAUAGCGACAUUAAGGAGGAAAAGAAAUUGGACAACGGUGUCAACGGCCCACUCAGCCCCAGCGAAAGCGGUGCCGAUGUUAAACAAACAAUUGAUGCGAAGCCCAGUGACGCGCCGGAGGAAACAAAUGGACAAUCUGCAACAGAAGGGACUCCCGCGGUUCUUGAUGAGCGUGUCUCGCAACCGCCAACGACUCCUGCCACACCAUCUGCGCUGGAGCUCUCGGGAACAUCUCGCAAGAUCAGAUCCGGAAAGAAGAAGGCCUCUGCAAGCGAUGCGAAGCCUUGGGAAGGCCUGUUUGAAGCGAAAAUACUGAUGGACAUGAACCCGACCAGGAUUGAGAUCAAGGACCUCCGAGAGAACGUCACCGAAGGAGACAAGGUGUGGACUGAGCCACUGCUCUGCCUUGUUUGCGAAGUGGAGAUUAGCUGA